AUGGAACCUCAUGGCAUGGAAUAUGAAAUUAUGGAAUAUGAGCGAUUAAAUGCAACGUCGAAUGUUACUAGUGAUACGAGUACCUUGAUUCAAACAAAUGAACUUUACGAUCAAUUAAAAAGAUGUCACGAAACGCUAAUAAUUUUAUCUCAGGGUAUUCAAACACUAUCGAAUGAUAGCAGUAGAUUAAAUGAGGAAUCAUUACAUGUGAAUAAUUUAAUACCGGGCGUUCAGAACGAGCUAAAUCAAAUGAAAGUCUCCAUCGAGAAAAAAGAUACAUUUUUUUCUAGUACAGCGUUAAACCAAGAGGCCAUACAGCAACAACUCUCUAGCAUAAAAGAAAUCGUAGAUGAAAUGGAAUUUGUCUCCGUUGAUGGUACUUUGAUCUGGAAAGUAACUAAUAUUUCAGAAAAAAUGGCUGAUGCACAAUCUGAAAGACAGACAUCAAUUUAUUCGCCUCUCUUCUACUCUUCACCAACCGGUUAUAAAAUGAGAGCACGACUCUAUUUAAAUGGUGAUGGGAAUGCUCGUCGAACACACAUGUCAUUAUUUUUCGUACUUAUGCGUGGUGAUUAUGAUUCAUUACUUAAAUGGCCGUUUAAUUACAAAAUCACUUUCUGUUUAUUCGAUCAAUCAGGUCAAAAUCAACAUGUUAUCGAUUCUUUCAGACCAGAUACAAAGUCAAAUAGUUUUCAGAGACCACGAUCAGAAAUGAAUGUCGCCAGUGGAAUUCCAAAGUUUUUUCCACUAUCAAUGAUUCAACAAGAGAAUAACAACUAUGUUCAAGAUAAUACCAUGUUUAUCAAAGUGAUUGUCGAUUUUGCAGAUUUUUCGAAAAUGAUGUUACCAAAUGCACUUAGUCUUAAUCCUGGUCUACCUAGUCAUGUACAACAACAUUUAAUUAAACACGACUUUACACAAGACAAGAUUUAUGACUCUCGACUUGACUUGUGA